AUGACAGCUGAAGCCGACGGGGCUGUUGGGGCCAGGCGGAAAUGGAGGAAAUUGGGAGCAAAAUGGCAGAGUAGCUUUCCUUUAGACACUUCUAAUGUCAGCUUGGGGUCAUGGCUAGACGAGCAAGACGAACCAUGGGGAAUCGGUUGCAAAGCUUGUCGGUCAGCAGGUUGCACGGGCAAUCUUGCGCAAUAUUUAGUGACAUCAGAAGCUGGCAUUCAAAAGGAAAACUUUAUGAAGCACGCAAAAAGCAAAAACCAUUGCAAUGCUGUUGCGCACUAUCUGUCUGUGGCUGUAUCGGCCACGGCAGGCUCUCUGCCAUCCAGCGAUCUUGCCAUUGACGCUGCGCCUAGCCCAGAUCAAUUCAAAGACUGCCUAGAGAAAAUGAAGAAGGGCGUGGCAUUGGAAGGAAGGAAGCUAACAAUGAUGGUUUAUUGCUUGGCAGAGGCAAUGAAAUCCAUCGACCAAAGGCAUCUGUCAAGGGCUGCUGAGAUAGCGCUUUUUCGAGAUGAACGCAAAGGACGGAUCCUUCUCCGUUUUAGAGCAGUGACGAACAACCUUGAGAUUUGGUCUGGCAUGCUUGGUCAAGAAAGGGAUGCGGGAACAGGCGGGUUAAAUCUAACAAAGGCUACAGAAAGCAUCCUGAAGCGUGCAUGUGGUCGGUGGUUUGGUAGUGGCAGCGACAAGCAAAAACCGUUUGUGAAAUGGCAGCUGUUCAAUCAGGUGCGCCAAAAGAUCACCACAAUUACGGUUGACAGUGCUCAGGAUGAGCUUGUCAGUGGUGAAAUCAUGCGGACGGCCUUGACUCCUCAGCAACAAGUCCUAUGUCCUAAUUUGCGAUGCGUGAUUCGGGACAAGGCUCACAGCAGUCGAAGGCUCACGUCGCGGCCAUGGAAUGCAGAUGAUGCACUGAAAGAGACGAUGAACUUUUUUUGUGGCGGCCCUGGGUCAGUAGCAAGACUGAUUCAAUAUUCCCCAGAAAUUCGAAGGGUCUUUGAAAAAAUUUGUGAGGAGUCUGACAACGCCGUUCGAAGCGCAGUGGUGAACUUCCGCUCAGCCCAGCACCGCUUUGAAAGUCACAGCAAGACUCUUGGCAGAACAUGUUUGUUUCUACAUGCUUGCAUCAGGACUUGCCUCCACCUGGUCCGCACAAGAAAAGAUGCUGUAGGAAACAAAGCCAAGCUGUGGAUACAAAAAUUGGAUGCUGAAACAGCACUCAUGGCGGCCAUGCUGGCAGAUGCAGCAGAUUCGUCUUUGCAGCUGACACGAAAGAUGGAUAGUGAAGAAGUGGAUCCAGCUUGCAUGACUUUGGACGUUACAAUAUAUCUGGAAGAGAUAAGGGCCCUGUUCAUUCACGAAGAAGUCUUGCGGCGUUUUGGAUACACAAGCACCAUGCUUCAAACGCUGCAGCAACCGCUCGUCUUCCAAGCUGGUUCUCUUACCAAGUGCUUGGGCUCAGAAUCGGGUGUCAGCAAAGAAAUCCAGGAAAGAUGUUUAUCCCGAAUGAAAAUCUGGGUGAGGCUUGCCACAGAAGCUUUGAAAGCUGAGUUUCCAAGUUUUGAGUUAGGUCAAGCUUACAGGGUGUUUAACCUUCACACAGGCAGCCUUGAAGCUACUUCCGACCUGGCUCGCAUUGCGCAAGUCUGCAAGUUGGACGCACAAGUUCUUCAGCAUCAGUGGUCUGACUUGUAUCCUCGCGCCAGGGCGAACAUGCCAAGUGACUUGACGGCAAAUGCAAACAGACAAGCGUGGCAAAGGACUUUGCAGCAAAUGGCAGAGAGUCGGACAGGUCACUGUCAUCCUUCAGGCGUCCUCCGUUCGGCUCUCGUCAGUUACUUUGUGUAUGGUGGUUCCAGCUCUGGAGUGGAGCAGGCAUUUUCAAGAAACAGCUGGGUUUGCAACGCACGACGUGCUGCCAUGCGACCGCAUGUGGAGGAAAUGGUGCUGAAAGUGUCUUCAGGCGUUGCAAAGUAUGAUUUGGCAGACUUGCUUCGGCUGGCUCAGUUGACGUGGCAAUCGUGCUUUGGACGGCCUCGUGAAAGCUCCGGUCGGGUCAGUCGACUUGACAAAGGCUUGAAGCGAACUUUGACUGGGGAAGACGGUCUCCAAACAGAGGCUGCGUUUACAAGGAAGAGACGAAAAGAGGCUGCUGCGGCCUCGUCUGCUUGUCGACAUUUGGAAAUGAAAGAAGAAGAAGAAGACCACCUGGCUGAUUCGGCCCUUUGGUCUGAAAAACAUGACCGUGAACUGGCCUUUCAGAAGCGCAAAGCAUUCACAAAACUUGUCCAUGCUUUUUCUGAAAACGCGUUGCUUCCAGCAGAGUGUCCGGACGACUUGCAAGAAGCUCAUUUGCAAUGCAUGGAAAAGAUGCGAACUAAUGAGGUGAAACGGCAGCAAAGACGUUUAUGUGCUGAUGCUAUAGACAAAGGCUGCAGCAAGAAGGAUUUUUUCGGAAGCAUUCAAGGUUGCGUUGCCUAUCUGGCUGUCUCGGCCACUGGUGACUUGAAAGCAGCCUGUCAGUUGUCAAGUGUACAGAUCACUCAGAAUCCGGCAGAUGCAGGCAUCAUUGUCUGCAAUGACCCUGGUCAAAUGACAGAUGUCAAGCUGCAGCUUGUCUCAGCAUUGUCAGGCUGCUACGAGGUGAGUCCCGGACUGAUGCUGGGGUCCAAAGGCUGCGCGCUUAAAAUGCACACCGCAGCUGCGAUUCCGAGGGCGCUUCUGGUUUCUCCUGGCAGCCGAAAACAAGAUGCAGACUUUUGGACUUUCCUGCGUAAAGCACUGCCACUGGGACAUGCGUGGGUCUUGCAUUCGGUGGACUUGGGCAACUUGCGUGAGCAACAAGGUCGAUUCAAGCCUGGCGUGGCAUUUAUCAUGGUCACGGUCGACGAAGCCAAAGACAAAAUUUUUUCAGGAAAACGCGCAGGGAUCCAAGACGCGCGCGGUCGCGCCAUGAAGGCUUCUUUUGGUUACAUCAAAAGACGGCGCCCUCGCGUGGUGCUAUUUGAGAACGUUCCAGGCAUCUUGGAAAAAAAGCACAAACCUGUGCUUUGCGGAAUGCACAAGGCUUUGAAGAAAUUGGGAUACGUCAUGUGGCUCAAGACUCUGGACAGCUCAAAUUUCAAAGUGCCACAAAUGCGUCGACGGGUCUUCCUGGUUGCCAUUUUGAAGACAAGCUUGCGCAGAAAGUUUAAAUAG